CACCUCCGAGGCUCUGACUUCCUAGUUCCCACUUCCGAGCAAACCUAGCUAGUUGCUCACCGAGUCACCGUAGAGCUAGCCAUGGCAGUCGCCGCAGGAUCCGCCGCCGUGGCGUGCCUCCUGGUGGUCCUAGGCCUCGCGGCCGUGGCGGGGGUGGACGGCGCGACGGCGAGCUCCCACCCGGCCCCGGCGCCGGCGCCGGCGCCGGCCGUGGACUGCACCGCCGCUGAGGCGCUGAAGGUGGGGGCCUGCCUGGACUACGUGACGCCGGGCAACCCCCCGCGGAGCCAGCCGUCCAAGGCGUGCUGCGGGGAGGUGAAGGGCGUGCUCAAGGACAUCGCCGGCGUGGGCUGCCUCUGCGCCGCCAUCUCCACCCAUGCGCUGCCCCUCCCGAUCAACGCCACCCGCGUCUUGCACCUCCCCGCCGCCUGCGGCGCCGACGCCUCCGCCUUCACCAUGUGCCUCGCACCGGCGCCGUCGCCGUCCGUGGCCCCGGGGACAUCGUCCGGCAGCGGCGGUGCGGCAGCGGCACCGGCGAAGGGCGCCGCCGCAGCGAGGUCUCCGAUGGCAUCGACCACCGCCGUGCUCGUCGUCGCCGCCGCCGUGGCAGCUCCUCUGCUCGCCUUCUUUCACUUCUGAUCGAGGAGUCCUUUCGUAGCCUCAUUACAUUCUACAGUUUGUCGUUGUGAUCGUGAUUAGACUCGGUGACUUUUUGUUGUGACAAUUUGAGUUUACUGCAUGCAUGCACCCUGCCGUGAUUAAUUUAGCUCUCCAGAGUGAGCAUUCAUAUUUAAAAUAGUUUCCGUGAGUUAUUUUUAAUUUGUAUCGUUAUAUGUGCAUCAUAUUAUUAAGAGCGGUUAAAUUUGACAAAUUGGCUACAAAGUAUUUUAUAUCA